UUGCUUGUGGAAACAGCUGGUGGUUUCUGUCAGGCAACACCUCGGAUUCUCAGCAACAUUAGCAGGAAUAAAAGUUGACAUUAGCGUCGAAACUCAUUGAAUGCGUUUGGUUUGGAGUCUGUGCUAGUGUUCCAGCAGACGCCGGGAAAUGUCAUCCUCUGAACGCCACUUUAUUAGACAGUUGUUAAUUAACGACCUAGCUUGUUAGCGGUUAAAGCAGUGACGUUCGACGCAGCCUGCUGCUAACGCCGGCUAGCUAACUUUAAACACCGUAAAAAAAAAAAAAAAAAAAAAAAAAAAAAAAACAGGCUUUAACUCACCUGUCGGCCCUGCUUUUGCUGUUUACCGAGGGGUUUUGGCUCAGUUGCAGCAUGUCUCAUGUUCAUUAUAAAUUCUCCUCUAAACUCAGCUACGACACGGUGGUGUUUGACGACCCGAACAUCACGCUGAGCGACCUGAAGAGGCAGAUCAUGGGCAGGGAGAAGCUCCGAGCCGGGGACUGCGACCUCCAGAUAGUCAACGCACAAAACAAAGAAGAGUAUACAGAUGAUCAGGGUAGCAUACCCAAAGGCUCUUCUGUCAUCGUCAGGAGAAUCCCCUUCAGCGGAGUAAAGCCCAGCUCAACUGGAAAGACCCACAACACUGGGCGUUCAGACUCUCAUCACAACUUUGGAGCCUUCAAAGCACAGAUGGAUAAUCCGAGUACAACAGGAGUCCUGCCCUUUUUGUCCGAGAUGGCUAUCCUUGAUAACAUGGAUGUCUCAGAGGAAGAUAAGAUCAAAGUCUUGAGUCAAUCCAUGUAUGAUUCCUCAAACUACAAGAAGUGUGGUGCUGGUCUUCCUGCAAAUUACACCUGUUAUCGUUGUGGGUCCACGGGACACCACAUCAGGAACUGUCCUAGCGUUGGGCAAGAUAAAACUUCAGAAGCCCCCCUGAGGAUUAAGAGGAGCACAGGCAUCCCUCGUUCCUUCAUGGUGGAGGUUGAUGAUCCAGGCAUUAAAGGAGCCAUGUUAACCAACUGUGGACGUUAUGCUAUUCCUGCCAUUGACGCCAAAGCAUAUGCUGUUGGUAAGAAGGAGAAGCCUCCAUUCUUACAGCAGGAGCAGCCCAAAUCAGAGGGUGAGGACAAUCCUGUACCCGAUGAGCUCGUCUGUCUCAUCUGUCGGGACUUGCUGAAUGACGCAGUGGUCAUACCCUGCUGUGGAAACAGCUACUGUGAUGACUGUAUUCGCUCUGCCUUGCUGGAUUCAGAGGAACAUGUCUGCCCCACCUGUAACCAACUGGAAGUCUCUCCUGACACCCUAAUAGCAAAUAAAUUCCUCCGUCAGGCUGUGAAUAAUUAUAAAAAAGAGCAAGGCUACACGAGAACCAUCAGAAGAACAUCCUGCCCCUCCCAGUCCCAAACCCCAACCACAACACCAAGUCCUGUUCCUACCCCGCCCCCUCUUUACUCACACAUCCAACCUCCGAAGCCUCAACAGGACCCUUUACUGCACUGUUCAGAGGCUACAGAUCCACCAUCAGUGUCUCAGGAGUCUGACACUGCUCCCAUAGUAACAAGCCCUGUCUCAGCUUCCAACACACCCACUACCUUUCUCCAGCUUGAGGAGAGCCAUGUGGAGUCACCUGAUAAGUGCACGCACAGAGAGGAUGAUGGAGGUACACACAAUGCUCCAGCAGGUUCCCCUUCUGUGUUGGUUUCAAACACAGUCUCAACUAGUACUCCAUCACAGCUCAUACCACUGGUUACCGACCCUCCGGUGGUGGACCAACCCCAGUCAGUUACUGUACACCCAGACCAGUCCUCCCAGUCUGCAGGUGAGAGGCAAACAGACCUGCUGUCCACCACUGAAACAUGCGGUCUAGCAUCAGCACAUUCUGGGCAGACAGCCUGCUGGGAAAGCUCCUCCUCCUCCUCCACCUUAGUUUGUCCCAGUGGAAGUUGGACUAAAUUCAGCGCUCAGCAGCUCCCAUCCUCCUCAUCCCCAUAUUCAGCUGCUCAGCCACCUCUCUAUCCCCCUGUCCAAUUUCACACGUUCCUCCGGGCACAGCAGCCCCUGAGCAGUUACCCACCUGUUUACCCAAUGACCACACCCCUCUGGACUCUGCCAACCCCCAGGGCUGCUCCUAUCCCUUCCCUAUGCUCUUCCCCCUCCACCUCCUCCAUCGCUUCACUCAUCCCAAAGGAGUGGUUCAGGCAUCAGAGACAGAAAAAUGAAAGGUCACCUCACAGAGGAUCUACUUACAGACACUCAUCCUCUCAGUCAAAAUCUUCAAAGUACAAGUCUUCCCGCUCUUACUCACGCUCUUCAAGUAGAUCCCGUUCUCGUUCCAGAUCCCAAAGCAGAUCAAGGCCUCCUUCACCCAAAUCAAAUCACAGAGACAAUGCAAGCCGCUAUCAUUCCUCCCAUUCCUAUAACUAUGGUUACAAACACUCACGCUCCCCGACUCCCUCCUCGUCAUCUUCAUCAAGGGUACAUCAUCGUUCCAGGUCACCAUCGGAUCAACGGAAAAGCCAGCACCACAGCCGCCAUCACAGUAGGAGGUCUAGCUCAAGAAGCUCCAGCUCCAGGAGGAGAGGGAACUGCUCAUCUGCAUCAAGCUCCUCCCACAGAGAAACAGGAAAUUCAGAGUGGAAUUUAGAUGGUUACCUGCAGUGGAAACAGGAAUACAACGAGUGGUGUGAGAAAUAUUUCAACAGCUAUGUUGGCCAUUUCCAUCAGCUGCCACCUCCUCCACCCACACCUCCUCCUCAGCCGCACUGGGGGAAAAACUCAAAGAAAAACUACCACCCACACUCUGGUCACUCUUUCCGGAGGGAUGGGUACUCACCUGCCUCUCAAUGGUCUAGCGAGAGCCACUCCCCUCCAUCGCAGUCCUCCAGCGAAAGCAGCUCCAUGUCAUCCCAGUUUUCCAGUGACAGUCGCUCGACGCCAUCCCAAACAUCCAAUGAUAGUUGCUCCCCUCCUUCGCAGUCAUGCACUGACAGCUACUCUGUGCCAUCCCGAGAGGGAGCUCACCUGGGAGCUAACUCAUCAACAAAAGACAGAAAAGAGGUGGAAAUGCAACAAAUUAAAGGUGGCAAGCCGGUAACCACAAACAUUGUGAGAGACAAGCAGCAGAACACUGGAAGGGACGCCUACGUAGAGGACAGUCCAGCACAGGAAGAAACUACCAGUGAUGCCUCACAGCUAGACCAACCUCCUCUAAAACCAGAUAAAAAUGUAGAUAAAGGCUGUGAAAGGAAAAAGAAGGAAAAAAAGACUUCAGAUAAGGAGAGAGGAUCGAAAAGAGGAAAAGAUUUUGACUCUAGGCGGGAUAUGGAGAAACAUUACAAAGUAAAGUCUAGUCGAGGGGCAGGUAGCACAGAUUCAGACAGAAACAGACGCCCUAGAGGCAGUAAAACUCCUGACUCAAAGUCAGAGAGAAGCAGAAAGAGGAAGGGUGAUGAUAUGCAGAGAAAUGAAAGUGAGAAAAUUCUUACUGAGGAUCAUUGCAGGGAAAGCCUAAAAACCAAACUUACAGAGGAACCUCAGACACAUGAGAGUGAAUCUCCAAAAAGAUUUGACAGAGAUAAAAAGAAGAAAGAAUUUUGGAAUGCUCAACCUGCCUCAGAGGAAGACAUCUGGGAGGGAGGAAUAAAAGUGAAACCACAAAAGAAGAUAAGCAUCAAUAUCAACCUGGAUGGGAAAAGAAAGCAGGAGGAUACAGAAAAACACAGCCAGUCUUCUUCAGAGAGGAUUGAAGGAAAAUCACAGGAAACAACAGAGGAUAUUAAUCACGGAGAGGAAAAGGAAAAGUUAAACAGAAGAGAGACAGACCUUGAUGUAAAUGCAAGAAGUGACUCUGUCAGAGAAAAGAAGGUUGUGUUUGAAAGAAAAAUAAAACCAGAUGGAGAGACAAGAGAGAGAUUGGAGAGAGCUGCCUUCAGAGAUAAGAAAAAUGAGAUGUGGGAUUCAUUCAUAGGAGAAGAUGGUGUUGGAGAGAGGAAAGGGACUGGAGAAGAGGAAGAGUUUGACUUAUGGCACUGUGCCCUCAGAGGAGUGAAAGAGGAAGAAGAUAAAACUGUCCUGGGCCAAGGAGGACAAAAGAGGAGAGCAGAGAAAGAACACAAAAUGGGGGAUGAUGGCAGAAAGACAGACACAGGAGACCUGCCCUUAACUCAUCAGAAAGAAUGGAUAAAUGAAGACACCACAGGACAACAGAGGAGGAUGAGUAUAGAAGACGAAGCUCCUCCAUCACAAAGAAGCAGAAACUGCUGUGACAAAUUAAACCCAGCAGUGGACAACAGCAGGACUAGCUCUUCAGUGGGAAAGUUUGGAGGUGAGCAUCAUCACAGGACGAUGACAAUGGUGAAAAGUCUCAACGAAUACACAGAGAGCAGAGCAGCCGGGAAACUGGACGAGCUCAUACUCACACAGGUCCCCCACUCCAGAUGGGAUAAGGAAGAAUCCGAGGGGGAACAAGACAACGGAGAGACCGAAGCUCAGACUUGCAGUUUUCCUUCACCUCGGCCUCCAGUAUCAGCGACUCCAGCGGACAGGAAAACAGAGGGAGAGAAUGAGUCUAAGCAGCAGAGGUUAGUGGAGUUGGACAGGGACAGGGCCAGAGCAAUGGAGAAAAGAGAGGGCAUGGAAAAAGAAGGCAAGUCCAGUUUAGAAAGAAAUGUGGCUCCCUCUAGUGGUAAACACAGAACUGACAGCAGCUUCAACACUGAUAAAAAGAGGGAGGAGAGGGACAGGGAGAGUUCAAGGAAAAGGCAAAAAGAGAGCAAGAGCUCAAAAGAAAAGAUAAGGGAGAAAGAGAGAGGGAGAGACCGGGAAAGAGAAAGCAGGAACAGCAGUACAUACUCUACUCACUCCUCUUCAACCUACAAUUUCAUUCAAAUCUUAGAAGAAGAUGGGAAGAAGAAGUUGUAUGAGGCAGCGAGGAGAGAGAAACAUCAAGAGAGAAACAAGAACAGAGAGAGGAGUUCCUCAUAUUCUGCCUCUGGGGGAAGCAGGGAAAGCCAUUCGAUAAGCAGAGCGGCAGAACUGCUCAGUCAUAAUAUGCACAGAGCACACAGAAACCUGCUGCAGGACUUACAAUGCAAAGUAAAAGACGAGGAGUCCAAACACCCAAGCCACCAGUCACUACAUUCCCACUCCCGUAGUCAGGGCAGGGAGAGAGGCCUACUCCACUUUAAACCACCUAGAGAGAGCAGUCCUGAUUGGGAAUCAACAUACACCCCCCCUAAAGAUCAGUGGAAGCAUAGAAGGCAGUGCCUAUCAAGUCAAGACUUGAGUUUAGAGAGAGGGGGAGAGAAAGAGGAGAGGACAAGAAAUGAAAGUGGCCGAGAGAGAAGGGAGUGGAGCCCAUGGAAGGUGGAUAAAGCAAUGAAAGGUAACAAGCAGGAGAGACAGAUGAGACGCAGUGAGGAAGAGAGGUCCAGCAGCAGCAUCAGUUCACCAGCAAGCCUGGAGGACAGCAAGGACAACAGGGGAGACGAGAAGAAAAGACAAAAGACACAUAAAAAGGAGAAAAGACAUCCAACCUCAGAGCUGGAAGAAGUGGAGCUGAUGAAUUCCAUAAAGAAGAAAAGCAAAGAAGGAGAGAAAAAGGAAAGUCGUGGAGAGACGGACAUUUGGUGGAAAGAGGAGGAGGACUCAGUAAUGUUAACUUGACUGUCAAAGAAAAUGUCUGAUUUACUUGAAUUAAGUUUUUCCUUUCUCUGUUCAAAAAGUGCCUGGCUUUUGUUUUCCUUUAUUGCCUUUUGUUGACCAGGAUCCUUUUUGCGCCACAUAAGAUCUGUCGUGUCUCUUCUCUCAGAUCCGCAUUAAUUAUCCAAAAUGAAAAUGAUUAAAUUGCAUAGGAAAAGCACUUUUAACUUUGAAGAAUGUGAAAGAAAUCAAAUAUUAACCCUUUGGUUCUUUAUUAAUUAUUUUAAGUUACCAAAUGAUUAUGGUAUCACUUUAUAUUAAGGUUUACAUAUUAGUUACAUAUUAGCUCUUUAUUAGCCAAUAUAAUACAUUUAUUAAUACCUUAUUUUGCAUUACCAUAUUCUACCAACAAUUAGUUAACAGUUUCAAUCAAGAUCCUCCAACUUACUGCUAUUUAUGAUCUUAAUGUGCUAUGUUUAACAUAGGCUUUACUACCUUCUUAGAAGUGAGUAAAGCAUAUUGAGAUUGUAAUUAAUCUACAACAACUUAACUAAUAGCAUUAAGCAGUAAUUAUAAACUUAGCAAUUGAUUUUGAAACUGUACUUUAAAGGUGAAGCAGUUAUAGAAUACAUUUAGUUAAUUACUAACUAAGAAAGAGCCGAUAUGCUAGUAAUGUCAUGCUGAUAAGCAACUACUUAAUGAUGAUAAUAUGUUAACCUUGGUAUAGAGUGUUGCCAAACAAGGAAUAAAUAUAUUAUUUUAAGCUCAAGGAAUUUGCACAUGCUUACAACUUGCUCAGGACUGCCACCAACUGUGAUUCAUAUUUGUUGAACCGGUGACGUUACAGCAUUGUAUUAAGGAUGAUCUGACCAGAUGUCAGUCAGUAAAUUUAUUUGCCUCUCACAGGAGCAUAGAAGCGCAUGCAGAAGAAAGAUUUGUGAUUAAUUUCAAACUCACACUGUGAAUAUUUAUGAUUUGAACCUCUGUUUUUCUUAAUACUUUUGUAAGUGUUUAAUUUAAAAAAAAAAAAAAAAAAGAAAUCAGCUGCUGUAUGGAACAAUAAUUUACCAGAGGGAAUUUUAGUUUUUCCUGUUUUGAAGGAAAUAAAAUGAAACAUGUAAAAUGA